CCCAAGAAGGACCUGCCUAGGGGAGGCUAACAGGAAGGAGGAUUGGGGACAGUGCCUAGGGAAAUUCCAAUUAUGAAGUUUUUAAACCAAACUGUCCUUCUAGAAGAAAGUAUCUUGUUUCAAAUGAGAGAUACAAGCAGAAAGGCCAAGGUACCGAUCCUUCUCACCACCUUCUUAAACCCAUGACGAGAGACAAUAGCAUUGGCUUUGACAAUAGUCAUGUCAGAGCCGAAAGAGGCAGUUGACUUAUGAUGAUUCAACUUUUGACCGCUCAACAUGAAAAUAAUCAAGUAAUCCAAGAAGGUUAUUGCAUUCCCGGAGGAAGCGUGAAGGAAAAAGUAUGAAGCAUCUAGAAAUGAAAGAUGAGAGAUUGUCGGACAUCGAUGAUGGAACUUAAGAGCAUGGAGUAAGUUAAGAGACACAACAACAUUUAAUUAAAUCGGAAAACGAAACAUUGUGAACACAAGCAUACAUCCAAUUAACCAACUGUUCAUAGAAACAUAUUUAUCGCAUAACCUAGAAAAAACCAUCCUUUAACAUAAUCAUAUGCUUUCUCCAUAUCUACCUUCAAUGUCGUCCAUUUAUCUCGACCUGGAGAUUUAGUCUUCAAGAAAUGCAUAACCUUCUAUUUCAAUAUUGCAACGAUCACAUAUUCUCCAACGGUGCCCCAUAAAGGUGGGAAAGAGAUGCAUGUAAAUCCAUAAGAAUCGGGUGCUUGAUAGCCCACUUUGCUAAAAGUAAUAUCUUGAAUCUCAUCUCAAAAUGGAAAAUGAGUUGUUCAGGGGAGGAGUGACAAGAUUAGUAAGUCAUAGGAUAACCGCAAUAACCCGACUUCAGGUGCUUCGGAAGACAAAAGAUUAUGGAAGUAGAGGAUUGCUAGGUUUCAUAGAUUUUAGUUGUUUCAAUCAAGCUUUGUUAGCCAAGGUGCAUGGUGUGUGCUGAUGGAACCAAUGUUGCUUCUACCUUGUAUUUAACGUGCUAAAUAUUUUUUUAUCAUCAUCGGAUUAUCUGCCGGGUCACGCUGGAGCGAAUUCUUCUUGGGGGUGACGAAGUGUUAUCUUUGGCAGAGACCUUCUAAAAGGAAUUGGCUGGCGAGUAGGAAACAUUCACACCAUCAUUGCUUUCUCUAAUCCUUGGCUCCCAACGACUAUGUCGUCAGUCCCUCUUUCGUGGCCAAGAUUUUUCCUUCUUCUCCAUUUUUCUCCGCUCUAAUUGAUCCGGGAUCUUAGACAUGGAAUCGACAGGUUGUUCAACAUUUUUUUUCAUAAACGGAUGUAACAAUCAUUUUGGGCAUUCCUCUCCCAAGGCGGCAUGUUCAAUACCUGCUUAUCUGGCAUCUUGAACCGACUGAUAACUUUUUAGUUAAAUUAGCGUACCAUCUGGCUUUUAUGCAUCAUCGUUCUCCACCCUCAAAGCACGAUGUCUCUCUUGUUGAGCAAGGAAUUUGGAAGCGGUUGAGAAAGCUACUGCUAAAGCUUCUACUCUUUUGUGGCAAUGUCUCCAUCGAACUCUACUCACUUAUGAAGUUUUGGUGACUCGAGGUUUGGAUCUAACUCCUCUUUGUACGUUUUGCAGUCAGAAGGAUGAGACAAUAGAAUGACAUAUGGUUUACUUGGCCGAAAAAAUAAGUGGCUGGGAAAUGGGUUCCUUUGGGGAGUUUUGUUUGCUUUUCUUUAAGCAGGGUUGAUGGACUAGAUUAUGAGUAUAUGAUUUUGUUGGCUGUUUGCUUCUAACAUUUUUGGAAAAUUAGAUGCGGAGUUCAUUUUGAUCGCAAGCAAAUUCUACUUCACACUUUGGCAUCUCAAUCCCGUCACCAGGUUUCUAAGGCUGUCAAUGCACUACUUCACCACUCUCCCUCUCUUCCAUCUUCUUCAAGCAUUCUUAGUUGCGUCAACUCUACAUCUGGUACGACGAUCAGAUGCACUGUUAUUUCUGAUACAACUACAAGACUGGGAGACUCGGGGACUACCACUUUCAUUCUUCUCGAGCCUUAGGGUUCUAUUGUGGCUGCAUUAGCUUAGAGGAAUUACAGUAUAUAGAUGCUUACAUCCUCAAAGCUUUGGCGCAAUGUGAUUAUCUCCAGGAAUGUCAUAUGCAUCUGUUGCACCAUCUAAUCAUCGGUGGGAUGCUAAAACUAUCAUUAACAAGUUCCAAGCUCGUGAUACUUCGGAUGUCAAGAUAAGAGUUAUUCUAUAGGAAACUUGUUCGCAACUUGCUAAGAGUGUUGGUUCAAUGGUUCUUUUCAUUGUUCGAAAUAGAAAGAGGCGGCUCAUUCUAUGGCCCGUCAUGCUCUAUUGUUGUCUUCAUGCUCAGUAAUGAGGUUCGACUUUGUUUCUUGGUCGUGUAGUAUAUAGGUUCUUUGUAGGGGUGGAGGUUCAGUAUAAUUCUAUUUUGGACAAUAUAAUUUUAUUUCAUUUAUAUCAUUUGAAAACAAUAAAAUAAAAUUGAAAAUAAAAUUAUUUUAUACAAAAGAAUCUAACAAGAUCGAUUUUGACUAUUUUUUAUUUUUUUAAAUUUUUAUUCAUAUUAUGUAUUAGAAAUCCUUUUAAGUAAUUUUACAUAACAUAUUAUAUUAAAAAGCACUUCUAAUAGUUUUUCAUCCAAACACUCAACUGCUUUUUUGAAAAGUACUUUUUGUGGUGGAAAAACGGAGUACUACGGGCACCCCAACCGUUAAUCAUUAACCAUGCGAGAAGUUUCCACCCCCAUUACAUCAAAGUACAUCCAAUAAUUCAGGAGUGGAUCCGGUUCUUCUCUGAAGUGGAAACCAAGCGGCAGCCGAUGUCCCACCGAGGCAAGAUAAUCUGUUACAUAGUUCCCUUCACGAAUACAUGCACCAGUCGAACCUGCCACUCCCUAUCCAGAAGCAGACGAGCUGAUUGCAAUGCCAAGAAGUGGGGAUGCCUUUCUUUUGCUCCUUCGAUUAGCUGGAUAGCAGUUUGUGAUUCAGUCUGGAUCACCACUCGCCGGAAGCCCUCGUUCCAUGCCAUCUGUAAUCCUUGCACAAUGCCUUCAAGUUCAGCUCUAGUGAUGGAGGCUUCACCAACGUUCCCUGCAAAAGCCUUCAGGAUCCGGCCACUCUCGUCUCUCAAAACACCACCUGCCGCAGCCUGGCCAUUCAUCACCGAUCCGUCUGUAUUCAACGGUGGCUCCCAACUGACUUCCUGUCUACGCCUCACCGGGGAAUUUUUCGCUGCCAACACAUCCCGCUUUGAUGCUUGAUUUACUUGUUGAAGCAGCUCGGUCGCUCUGUGCCUUAUCGCCUCUGGUGGUGAGCUCUGAACCUACAUGUUUAUUUGGGUUCGACCUGAACCUCCCAUUAACAAGCAACGACAAGGAUAUAUAUGAGGCCGGAGCUGAGCAGGCGGACCCGACGGUCAAAGGCGAUGAUGUGUGCAAGGUGGAUGUUGACGACGUUUUGGAAGUGGAGGAGCUAGUGAACGAAUAUCAUCCGGAACAGGACGAAAACACGGACCACGUCCAAUAUGGCCUCGACGUGGAGAAGAACGACCAUUUCAUGCCGCACCCAGACGAUCGCGUUGAUGUCGACGACGACGGGGGGCGGAGAAUGGCGUCGAUGCCAACAAUGGUGGUAGGGUUAACCCCUAAGUCGUUACGACUUCCUUUGAAUUUGUACUGUUUUACUAUCGGUACAACUAAUGUUUCGGCAAAAAUGUACUAGUAGUUAUGUUUCAAGUUAGAUAGUGGUAGUAUUAUUGUAGGGAUAGUCACCUAGUGGAAGUCCCCUAGUGGUAUUCAUCUAGUGGUACUCAUUUAGUGGUAGGCACGUAGUCAUGAGUCAUCUAGUGGUAGUCAUUUAGUCGUAGUUAAUUAUUGGUACUUCCCUAGUGGUAGUAGGAUACGGGUAAGAGGGUAAAUAGUGUGACUUGAUAAUAUCACUUAAGUUAUACCAGCAAUAGUCAUUUACAUUGGUACCAAUACCAUUACAGUGGAGACAUUACCAUUAAAAUUGUACCUGUAAAACUCAAUCGGUACCAGUCUAUUAAUGGUACAAGUGCCAUUAAUUAGGUACUGGUAUUAGUAAUGGUACCUGUACCACCGAUCUGGUACCAGUCUUCAGUAAUUGUUACCAGUACCAUUAAUUUGGUACCAUUCUUAUUAAUGUAAGUAGUACCACUGAUUAUGUACCAGUCUUAGUAAUGGUUACACGUAGCAGUAAUUGGUACCACUCUUAUUAAUGGUACGAGUACCACUGAUUUGGUACCAGUCUUACUAAUGGUUACCAGUAGGGAUGGCAAUGGGUCGGGUUGGGUCGGGUUUUUCAAAAACCAAACUCAAACCCAAACCCAUGGGUUUAUCCGUGAAAAAAAUCUGGGGUAAAACCCACUGAGUUUGAAAAACUCAAACCAACCCAACCCGCUGUAGAGGUGGGCAACGGGACGUGUUUGGGUACCCGUCCCGUUUGAUAUGGGUACCCAUUCCCAUUUGGAGAGUAACUCCAUCCCAUGUCCCAAACCCAUACGGGUUUACGGGUACCCGUUACCCAUACGGGACGGAUAACGGGUACCCGUUGGUACCCAUAAAUUCCUAGAAUGACAAAGUUCCCACAAACAAUUCCUACUAACACUUAGAAACAACACCAAGUUUCUGUUAACCUUCGUCACAAUAGCAAAUUUGGAAUUCACAUACACCAUUCGGCUAAACUGGAGGGAGAGUUGUAGCAGUUCAAUUAUCAAAACAAAGAUAUUAAGAAAGCUAGUUUCGUUGAAGACCAAUUCAUAACAAAAUACCCCUACCAUUUUAGAUAAUUAUUAUCUCAACUAAUAAUGAAAAGGGAAAGAUAGAAACCUACUGUGGAAUUAAGUUUCUCGUCACUAACCUGAACUAAAGCCGCCACCAGCAGCAUGCCGAAUGGGAGAGGGCAGGGGAGAGAGCUGGGCUGGAUGGCUGGGGAUGGAGUCGGGCUCGGACCUCGGAUUAGGCUAGAGUUGGGGAAUGGUGUUGGGCUAUGGGCGGGUAGUACGGGUACCCGUAGUACCCAAACGAGUAUUAACGGGUAACCCACGGAUACCCAUUGUAAAAUUUAUGAUCCCAAAUCUCAUCCCGUAAAAAAAAUUACGGGUAUUUGGGUACCCGUAACCCUAAAAAAAAGGACGGGUAUGGGUAUACCCAAAUACCCGUUUCCCGUUUCCCACCCCUAACCCGCUGGGUAUCCGCGGGUUCAUGGGUACCCAUGGUUUUUGUCGUAAAAAAUUUACAAUAACAAG